AAAUUCAAAAACCCCACUCCCCCUUCUAUUUCUCUCUCUACCCCUUCUAUUUCUCUCUCUACCCCUUCACUUUCUCUAUCUCAAAAAAAAAAUGAAGAGUAGACACAUUUUCGGUAGAACUAGUUAUCUUCUCCUUAUUCUUGUUGCAAAUCUCGUUGCUCACUUAACAAAUGGGUGCGACGAGGAGUUAGCGAGCGCGGCGGCGGCGGCACGGCACAGGAAUGGCAAAGGACGACGACGACGGAGCAACGGUUGUAAUAUCUUCAAAGGGAGUUGGGUGUAUGAUAGUUCAUACCCACUCUAUAAUGCAAAUACUUGUUCUUUCAUUGGUAAUGGAUUCAAUUGUCAAAAAAAUAGAAGGCCCGAUAAAGAUUAUCUCAAGUAUAGAUGGCAACCUCAUGGUUGUAAUCUUCAAAGGUUCAAUGGAAAAGCACUUUUAGAGAAAUGGAGAGGCAAAAAGAUAAUGUUUGUUGGUGAAUCUUUAAGCUUCAAUCAAUGGGAAUCACUAACAUGCAUGCUUCAUUCUGCGGUGCCUCACUCCAAGUACUCCCUUGUCUCUAAAGGCUCUCUCUCCGUCUUUUCAUUUCCGGAAUAUGGGACUUCAGUGAUGAUGUUGAAAAAUGGAUUUCUGGUGGAUGUUGUGACUGAAAAAGUUGGACGCGUACUCAAGCUGGAUUCUAUCAGUAGUGGCUCUACUUGGUUAGGGGCUGAUGUUCUUAUUUUCAAUUCCUACCACUGGUGGACUCACAAAUGGGAUUACUUCAUGGUGGGAGGCAAGAUAAUCAAAGGCAUGGACCAUAUGAAAGCUUACAAAAUUGCAUUAAAAACAUGGGCCAACUGGGUUGAUACCAACAUCAACCCAAAAAAGACUCAAGUUUUUUUCCAAGGAGUUUCAGCUGCCCAUUUGAAUAGAAGAUGGUCGUCCCGUUGUUGUCCCGUUAUCGCUUUUGGGUCAAUUGGAAACAACCUCUCUGCAAUUGCAGGGUGGAAGCGAAUGGGGAGAACCAAGAGCAAAGUUUUGUCGCAAAGAAACUCGGCCGGUUUUAGGACCAGUGUACGGAGGUGGUAGUCAUCCUGGUGAAGUGAUAGUGAGGAAAGCACUGAGAAAAAUGAAGAAGCCUGUUCAUUUACUGGACAUAACCCUGCUUACUCAACUAAGAAAAGAUGGGCACCCUUCUAUUUACGCUGGUGGUGGCUCCAAAUUACUUGACUGUAGUCAUUGGUGUCUUCCUGGUGUUCCUGAUACUUGGAACCAACUUCUUUAUUCUAUUUUGUUCCAGCACUAAGUUCAAUAAACAGACGCGUGAUAAA